AUGGCUCCCAAGGGCAAGUCGAGCACGUCCAAGGCGACGCAGAAGAAGCACGCGGCCAAGGCGGCCAAACGCGCCCACAAGCACGGCGACGGCGACGACGACGACGAGGCCGGCCCGGCGACGCCAGCGGCCAAGCAGCAGCCGCCGCAGCGUGGUCAGAAGAAGCUCAAGAAGAAGGACCGCCUCGCCCGCCCCAAGCAGUACAUCGCGCCCGUCAAGCCCAAGGGCGAGGCCGACCCGGUCGACGUCUACCUCGUCCAGCGCGGCAAGCAGGUCGACCCGGCCCUGCUCGUCACCCUGAGGAGCCUCCAGAAGCGCGACGAGGUGACGCUCGCAAAGGCGGCCGAGGCGUUCGACGCCUGGAUCCGCGACACCCUGCGCGAGGACCAGGACGAGCAGGGCGAGGAGUGGGAGCGAGAGCUCAAGCAGGAGGGGGUCGUCGACGCCAUGAACGUCUGGGCGCACCACUUUCCUCGACUCGCCCUCCACCCGUCUCGCCGCCUCCGCCUCCAAGUGCACGCCCUGCACUCCCUCCUCACCUCGACCUCGCACCCGCUCUUGCGCGAGACGCGCUCGGCCCUCCUCGCGCCCCAGUGGACCGACCGGAGCGACUACGUCGGCGCGUGGUGCACGGCCGCCCACGACUCGGACCGCACCGUGCGGCGAGAGGCCAAGGGCAGCUGGAACGCGGUGCAGCGGGUCGAGACGGUGGGUCAGGUGGACGAGGGCGAGAGCGGGGAGGGCCAGCCCGAGGGCAUCAGCCUCGUCGAGCACGCCGACGACAUCGCCUCGUUCUGCUUCUCCGUCAUCCUCGGCCCGGCCGAGUCGUCGGCGCAGAGCGGCACCUCGACGCCGCUCGGCGGCUCGCCUGCUCCCGCCGCCGCCGCCGCCGAGCAGGAGGACCCGGCCUUCCUCCGCACCUCGGCCCUCCUCGCCCUCGCCUCCCUCGUCGCCUCUCUCCCCUCUCCUCUCCCGCUCUCGCGCGACACGCUCGACACGCUCACGAGCGACGACAUGUUCGACCUCGUCGUGCGCGCCGAGCCGGGCUUGCGGCAGCGCGAGCAGCCCCAGAUGGUCCGCCGCGCCGUGUACGAGCUGCUCGGCGCCUUCGUCGGCCGCCCCGAGGAGCUCCUCGCCGACACGGCGCCUUCGGCGUCGGCGAACGAGGACGACGGCGAGGGCGAGGACGAGGAGAGCGGCAAGGUCGCCCAGGUCGCCGCGAGAGUGCUCGGGAACUGCUGGAGCGAGCCCGAGGGUUGGCCCGGCAUCGUUGGCUUCCUGCGUCGUUAUCCUCACGCCUGGACCCUCGCCGACCGCGUCCUUUCCGACGACGACGACGACGAGAGCGUCAAGGACGGCGAGCAAGACGUCGACGCCGCCUUCAAGGCCUCGCCGACGAUCCGCCUCUUCCUCCAGCACCUCACCCUCGGCUGCUCCUCCCACCCGACCCAGCUCUACCCGACCAUCCUCCUCCUCCUCUCCACCCUUCCCUCUCCCUUCUCUCCACCACUCCCGCCAGCGUCUUUUCCCCUCCUGUUCGAGUCGUUCUGGGCCGCGCACUCGUCCCGCGCGCUCUCGAUCGGUGGCCGCCUCGCCCUCGACUCGUUUGCCUCGGCCCUCCUCGAGUGCCUCGUCUUCUCCCUCCCCUCGACGGCCGACCCCGCCUUCGCCGCCGAGCAGGCCCGCACCUGGAUCGGCGAGCGCACGUGGCGCGCGUUCCUCGCUCGCGGCGACGACGUCGAGAAGCCGCUCGCCUCGCGCCGGGUCGCGAGCGACUUUGCGAUCGCGCUCUCGCGGUUGGCGGCGAGGGAGGACACGUCGGCGUUCGACGCGGUGUGGGAGGCGGUGAGCGGCGAGGCGCUCGAGGCGGUCGCGGCGCACGAGGGCGCAGCGCUCGAGCCGCUCGGCAAGGCGCUCCGGGCGUUCGUGCGGGCCAAGGAGGAGGCGGUCAGGGGCAAGGCGGGCGAGCUCGCGGCUUCGUGCGUGCAGAAGGCGCUCGAGGGCGUGAGACAGGGCGACGAGGCCAGGGAGGAGCGGUUACGGUUCGUCGUCGACGUCGCCGAGGUCGUCAAGGGCGAUGCCCAGGUCGCACAGCUUCUCGACGAGUUCGCGCUCUCGCACCUCCCUUCCCUCCUCGCCAUCUCGCGGGCCGCCCUGUCCCUCUUCGGCGCCCACCUCCACUCUGCCUCGCCCUCGUCCCGCGCCUCGAUCUGGCAGUCGCUCUUUACGACGUCGCCCUCGUCGUUCGUCCUCCUUCGCCUCGUCGACGCCGUCGCCUCGGCUGGCCUUGCCACCGAGCUACCUUCGGCCGAGCAGGACGAGCGCCUCACCGUCCUCGCCGCUACGGUGCUCGCGCCCGAAGCGCAGUACGCCUCGGACGAGCUCGAGCUCCUUCGGCGCGUCAUGGUGCAGCCGCAGCCCCUCGCGAGCGACGCCCUCCCCGUCACGCUCCUCGGCCUCGCCGCAGACGCGCUCGUCGGGCCGGUCAACGCCGCCCUCUCGACCUCGUCGGCGUCGCCUGCGACCCUCGACGCCGUCGUUGCGCCGGCUGCGCUCCUCGCGCACUACGUGCAGGUCCCGAGCAGCGCUCGGGCCGCCCUCGAGAGCGAGGGCACGGCCGUCGCGCUGUUCGAGCUCGGCCACCUCGUGCCCCUCGCCGUUGACGUGCCGGGCGAGGCCGUCGCCGCGGCCCAGCAGGCGUGGGCGAGCAUUGUCGCUGCGGCGGGCGACGAGGCGGUCGAGCUCGCGAUGAGCGGGCUCAAAGCGCGCACGGCCGACGCGACUUGCCGAGCCUCGGCCAUCGAGGUCGUACAUGCGGCGGCGUCGCUACUCGAGACGCAGCCGAGCUCGCGCCUCGAGCUCGCCGACGUCCUGCCCCUCCAGAACGACCUCGAGGCGCUCUACGCCGGCGUGCAGUUCGUCGGGCCUGCCUCGUCCAUCUCGAUCCUCGACCCUCUCGUUCCUCCCGUCGAGCCGUCGCACCCGCCUUCCCCUACCUCCACGUUCGACGCGUCGUCCCUUUCGCCCUACGCACGCACCCUCCUCGCCCUCCUCGAGGUCUCGGCGCGCGACCACGCCCUCCUGCGUCGCUCGCUGUGGGCGCUCCCGCACCUCCUCCUCCUCGCCUCGGCCGCCUCGGACGAGCUCGCCUACCCGUCGCCGCCGUCUCGCUCGGCAGGGCUCUUUGGCCCUGACGCGCCGCAAGAGGUCCUCGAGCGCGUUCGGGCCGCCGCCGAGGGCGCGAGCAGCUACCUCCUGUCGUCGGCCGCCAACGCCUUGCCCGACGCGUGGCACGCCGCCGCCGUGCAGCACCUGCGCACGCGCGACCUCCCGCCGCCGCCCGAAAGCGGCGGUCCGCUCCUCGCCGUCCUCGACAGCCUGUGGCGCAUCGCCAAACGCGCGCCGGCGGACGAGGACGCCAAGGCGCUGUACGCGACGAGGGCCAUCUGCAGCGUGCUGAGCGCAUGCCUGCGGUACACCGAGGACGAGGGCGUGCAAGAUGCGGAGCGGUGGCUCGCGCUCGCCCAAAACUUGACGUCGGCACCCGACCUGUCGAGCGCCAUCCUGUACGCGAUCAAGCCCGUCCUCCUCGAGACGCCUCGGUUCGAGCGGUACCAGAACGAGCUCGCCGCCGCCCUCGCCGGCAUCAAGCCGCACGAGAUCGAGAACAAGGCGGCGCCGACCCUUCGCCAGCUCCUCGCCGUCGCGCCUGCACUCGACGCGCCGGUUAUCUUCCUGCCGCAGCAGCGCUCGGUCUUCCUGCUCCAGUCGAUCGGCCGGUGGCUCGGCAGCGACGAGCGCGUCCCGACCGAGGCGCAAGCGUCGCUCGUCGAGGUCCUCGCGCACCUCGCGCCCAUCGUGCAGGACCUGAGCGGCAGCCACUGGGACCUCAUGUUCGACCUGGUCGAGGGCAACCUCGACGCCGCCGACUGGGAAGAGCCCAUCACGCUCCCGGCCGUCUUUGCGUCGUGUCGGCUGCUCUCGACGAUCAAGGACCUCGCGGCGUCGAACGGCGAGCUGCGGCAGGCCGUCAAGGGGCGCAUCAAGUCGACGCAGGAGCUCGUCCUGAGCCUCUUCAUCUCUCGUCCUCCUUCGACAAAGCGCGACCAGCCCCGACUGCUGGUCAUCGAGGCGAUGGCGCAGCUCGUCAAGGACAUCCCGCCCAAGCAGCUCACCAUGGGCAAGUCGUUCGAGCAGCUCCUGCGCCUCCUGCAAGAUCCUGCAUGGUCCGUCCAGUUGUCGUCGUACGACCUUUUGCGCCGCGUCGUCCUCCAGCACGUGUCGGACCUCGUCGUCGAGACCGAGCUCGAGAGCGCCGAGGAGAUGGAGAUCAAGCUCCCGGCGUCGCUCGUCGAGCUCAUCGAGAUGCCGUUGGCGAACGAGGCGGACGAGGACCGCACGACGGCGUACCUCCUCGCCUGGAUGACGGCGUUCUCGUUCUUCGAGUCGGCGUCGCCGCGCCUGCGCACGGCCUACAUCGAGCAGUUGCGGGACUCGGGCCUCGUCGUCGACUCGCUCCUGCCGUCGCUCUUCGGCCUGCUCAACUUGAGCGACCGAGGACGGACGUUCGACCUGUCGCCCUGGUCCAUCGACGACUUUCACCUCGAGCUUUUCGAGUCGACCGCCGUCGAGAGCCUGCCCGUUCUCGCGGCCCACGUCUACUACCGCACGCUGCAGGCGGUCCCGUCGAUCGUGCGCUCGUACUGGACGUCGCUGCAGAACCUCGGCCUGUCGCGCGCCGUGCACGCCUACACGUCCAAGCACUUCUCGCCGCUCCUCAUCUCGGACGAGCUGUCGGCGCUGCGCGACCCGUCGUCGUCGAUCGGGCAGCAGCUGCGCGACAACGACGAUUUCACGGUCAAGGUCGCCGCCAACGCGAGCGAGGUCAAGGUCGUCUUUGUCGUCGACGAGGAGAGCAUGGAGAUUGGCAUCAAGGUCCCGAACGAGUUCCCGCUCGCGGCGGUCGAGGUGCGCGAAGUCCGCAAGGUCGGCGUCACCGACAAGCAGUGGCGCGCGUGGCUCCUUGCCAUGCAGCAGGUCAUCACGUCGCAGUCUGCCGCCAUCGCCGACGCCAUCCUCCUGUUCAAGCGCAACGUGACGCUCAAAUUUAGUGGUUCACGACGAGUCAUGGCUCGACUUGCCCGCUGUGCCGGCAGCUGUUCUAGACGAGGAGGAGGAGCGAGUCGAAGCAGGAGGGAGGGGGAGCGUACAGGAAAAGGUGCAACAGCCGUGUCUCUUGCUCUC